AUGCCCGACGACGACAAGAAGACGCGGCACGUCUCGUCGCUCAACGCCAAGCUUCUGGCACAUGGGUAUGCUAAUCGGCCUCUCAAGCUUGACCGCUUGAGUGACAGCGAGCAAGUACAUGUGGCGAAUGUGAUCACCGAGCUUCUUGGCUCGUCUGUUGCCAACCUCUCUCAGAUCGAGGAGCUGAACGGCCGCUUAAGGAGCACGGAAUAUGAGCGCGACAGGCUAUACAAGUCCUCUGAGCGCUUCGAGACCCGCUGUGCGCGCCUCGAAUCCGAGAUUUCCGCCUCCAAGGCUCGCGAAAGCUCCAUUGCCCGCAAUUUGGCAGAAGAGGAAGAACGAUGCCGCUCGCUGAGAGACGAGACGGCCCGCGCCCGUAAAGCCAUAGAGGGGAUCCGCCUCGCAGCCGCUCAAGAAGCCAAACGCUCCCAGCUCAAGACGGACAAACUACGCGACCACUUGUCCAAGCCCCCACCCACAUUCGAACUCCUGAACCCCGUUGCGCGCGGUGCGUCCUCUCCCGCCCCAGGUGCGCUUCCCCUCCUCGAGGCCGGGUUGAGGGACCUCUCGGACUUGCGCACCAGUUUGCAAGAAGAGGCCGAGGCGUUUAGGCACGUCUGUGUUUCGACCGCAAACGGGCUGAACGAAGCCCUCGCCGCGUCUCAAGGACGCGAAUCUCGGGUUGUCCUCCCAACAGAAUUCUUCGAUCGUGGAUGGACAUCACACCCCGCCAUUGCGGACGCCAAGCUCCGCGCCCUCGUCGGCGACGUACGAGCAAACCUCACCUCUCCUGUUAUUCAGGUGGCAGAGGACGAGACGGAACUGGCUGAGCGGGCAAGGGCUGAGCGCGAGCGCCUGAAGGCCGAGGCGGACCUUAGGGAUCGCGUCAAGGACCUCGAGGUUGAGAUUGCGAUUGUGCGUGGACGGGAGGAGGAGGCGCGUCGGGUUGCCGACGAGGUCGCCAAACUCAGCGUACAUGCUACCGUUCCCUCGACUACCGACUUUGAGGAUGCGCGCCUGCGCGAAGAACUCGUUAGGCAGAAACGCGUACUGGAUGCUGAGCGGCAUCAGCUCCGCGACGAGGGCGUUCGUCUCCACGAAGAACGAAUGGUGUUGGAGGCUGAGCGUGCGCAAGUUGCUGAGGCGCGGGCUGCCGAGGCGCGAGCGAAAGAAGAGCGCGCUGCAGCCGAAGCCGAGGAGGCAGCUACUGCUCUGGCGGCGUUGGAACUGGACACCAAACCACGUUCCGGAACCAUCUCGGCCUCGUCGUCGUCGUCAUCCUUAGCUGGCAAAGCAUCUUCUGCCAACCACACCCUCCACCCCAAUCCCAUCCACCUCACUACCAAACCCGCCACCUGCCCCACCCUUCCAGCCGCCCCAGUCACGCCGCGGAAACACGCACCUGCCCGACCCUCGCCUCUCUCCCCACACGCCGCCGGCGCAUUAAAGAAACAGGCAGUGGUAUCCCCCAAGAAACCGAAAAUGCACAUGAAGAAACGACCGAGCCUCGCCCGCGCCGUCAUGGAUCGACAGCACCGGCGGAGCGCCGAGAUCGCCAGUCCCCGCAAGGUCAGCGUGGGCGGAAAGAGGAGCGUGAGCUUUGGCUCGAGCUCGGACCACAGCGGCGUCUUGGGCGAAGGCGGUAAGCGUGGGAACGCAAGUGGGGAGAUCAAGCGCGCGAACGCCAGUGGAGAAACCAAGCGCAAGUCGUCGAGCCUCACUGCUGGGACGGCAGCGUCGCUUGCGCGCAGCGCCAAGAAACCUCAAGGCGCGUUGAGGAGCCAACCGACCAAGGUUGGGGCGUGGCGAUAG